AUGUUGGGAGCAUCAAGCCCCAGCCCCACCACCGGCCCUGGCACCGGCCCUGGCACCGGCCCCGGGACCGGCAUCGGUAGCAAGGGCAAGGCCGUCUGCGUCGCGUGCCGUGCGCGCAAGAAGCGAUGCAACAUGAAUCCCGGCCUCAUCCAGACCAUCUCCGGCCUGGUCGCGACCCCCACACCCGACAGUGAACAGUCGCCCUUGUACUAUUCUUUUUCGCCUCAAGAAACGUCCGCGUCCCCUCCCGGCGAUGCCUUGGACCUGAACGCCAUGUUGUUCGGCGGCGGCCCGGGCCAUGCGACUGCCACAUCGACACCCUACGCCGCCGCGUCGCACGGCACCGCCUUUCCAUUCCCACAACCACCAGCACACCCUGCCAGCUGGCUACCCGCCUCCCUGCCGCAUGAGCUUCCGUCCGUUGGUUCGUCCGUUGGCUCGUCGAUGAGCUCCUCCGUCACGGGCUCCGUCUUUGACGACCGGGACCGUGCCAAGACCUCUCAGCAGUCGCGUAGCUGA